AUGCCCUCGACGACCGCGAGCUUGCUGCUCGCGCUGGUCGGCGCUGCCGCCGUGAAUGCUGCGCCUGUGAACCAAACGACUUCAGCGUCCAACGGCACCGCGCCCUCGAACGGCUCCGCCAACGCCGUCCCUGGCAAGUCGGAGUACCCCCUCGUCACUGCGCCCGGCGAGGAGCCGUACAACCUGUACGAGCCGCUGCAGCAGCGUGUCGCGAUCGUGAAUGCGACGACGAUGGCGGUGUCGUGGAACACGUACCGCCCGCUCGACACCGACGCCGUGAUCCACUACGGCCUGGACCCGCUGAACCUCGACCGCAUCGCGACGACGGAGCAGACGACGUUCGAGACGUCGCGCACGUGGAGCCACCACGGCGUGCUGACAGGCCUCCAGCCCAAGACCGAGUACCACUACCGGGUAGCGUACACGAACUGCUUUGCGUGCAACACGCUGCCGACGUACACGUUCACGACGCCGCGCGAGCGCGGGGACGAGAGCGCGUACUCGGUCGCCGUGGUCGCCGACAUGGGCCUCAUGGGUCCCGAGGGUCUUAGCGAUACUGCCGGGACGGGGGCAGGGGGGGCCCUGGGGCCGAAUGAGACGAACACGAUCCAGUCCCUCGUUCAGAACCUAGACGCGUACGAGCACCUGAUCCACAUCGGCGACCUGGCCUAUGCCGACUACUUCCUCAAGGAGAGUGUGGGCGGCUACUUUGGCCUGUCGGCGCAGGACGUGCAGCCCACCCGCGAGAGGGUAGUGGACAAGUACGAGGAGCUGAACGAGAUCUUCUACGACCAGAUCCAGCCCAUCUCCGCCCAGAAGGCGUACAUGGUCGCGGUGGGCAACCACGAGAGCAACUGCGACAACGGCGGCGUGAAAGACAAAGCCAACAACAUCACCUACACCGCCGACUACUGCCUUCCGGGGCAGGUCAACUUUACGGCCUACAACGAGCACUGGCGCAUGCCGGGCAAACCGGGGGACACGCGGAACUUCUGGUACUCGUACGACGACGGGAUGGUGCACUACAUCAUCCUCAAUUUCGAGACCGACUUUGGUGCGGGGAUCUACGGUCCCGACGAGGUGGGUGGGGACGGGAAGCAAAUGUCCGGCCCUCGGGGGGCGGUGAACGAGCAGAUCGACUGGCUGAAAGCCGACCUGGCGGCUGUGGACCGGAGCAAGACGCCGUGGGUGCUCGCCUUCGGGCACCGACCGUGGUACGUCGGCAUCGACGAUGCGCGCUGCAAGCCGUGCCAGGCAGCCUUCGAGCAGAUCCUGUACGACGGCAACGUCGACGUCGUGCUCACAGGCCACGACCACGUGUACUCCCGCUCCUGGCCCGUGUACAACUACACAACCGACCCGAACGGGUACGACAACCCGCGCGCGCCGGUUUACAUCACGAACGGGCUCGGGGGCCACUACGACGGUGUCGACGCACUCAGCAACCCCCUCCCGGGCGACAUUGCGCACGGCAUCGAGGCUGUGUAUGGCUGGAGCAGGCUCACGUUCGCGAACCGCACCCAUCUCAGGCAGGAGUUUGUCGCCGCCCGCAACUCGAGUGUGCUCGAUAGCUUCUGGCUGUAUCGCGAGCACGCCGAGGGCGCCCCCAACAACGGUAGUGGUCACGGCCACGGGCACGACAAUGGGAACCACAACGGUCACAAUAACGGCAAGGGUAACGGCGGGCACGACAAUGGCAACCACAACGGCCAGAACAAGGGUAACAACGGAAAUGGGCACGGGAACAAGUGGUAG